GCGCGGCGCGGAGCGAUGGCGUCACAGGCGUCCGGCCCUGUGGCGUCCCGGGGCGCGGCCCCACCCGGCGCUACUCCGGGGCUGCCUUCCGAGGGCGCCUGAGUUGCCAGCCCGUUUGCCUGCCGCCCGCCACCAGCCCACCGGUGUCCACCAGUCCUGGGAGUCCACGGCAGCAUGGGAGGAAGCGUGUGCGCCAAACACGGCUGCGCGUUCGGGCAGGCGACGAGCUCGCCCGGCGGGCUUCUAGAAGGUUCGUGCGCAGGUGCGGCGGGGCGGGGCGCGAGGGAGGAGCCUCCGCCAGGACCCCAGGGCCCCACGAGACAGGCCGGGGGGCGGAGCCAGCCGCCGUCCCGGGCCCAGUCCGCUCCCACGUUGCGCGCCCGCCCGCCCACGUCCUGCACCUCCUCCGUCUCCGCCGGCGCCGCCUUCGUCACGCGCGAACGCGAGCUCGAGCAGCCGCCCACCGCCCUUCCACAGCCAGCUGCUGCAGCCCCCGCCGCCCCGGCCUCGGCCCCAGCCUCAGCUCCGGCCCCAGCCCCGGCCCCGUCUUCGCCUAACAUGGACAGCCGCAAACUCAGCGAGCUCCAGGCCUUCAUCCGGCUCUGCCAGCAAGACCCGGGCCUUCUGCACAGCGACGAGCUGCGGUUCCUCCGGGACUGGGUGGAGAGUAUGGGUGGUAAAAUCCCACCUGCUCCACCUAAAGCGAAAUCAGAAGAGAAAAUCAAGGAGGAAAAGACUGAAAGUAAGAAACCUGAAGAAUCCCCCAAACUAGAAGAGCUCGAGAGUGAGGAGAGUGACGUAGAGAUCGAUAAUGAAGGAGUGAUUGAAGCAGAUACAGAUACCCCUCAGGAAAUGGGAGAUGAGACUGCUGAGAUAACGGACGAGAUGAUGGAUCAGGCCAAUGAAAAGAAAGUGGCGGCCAUUGAUGCCCUCAAUAGUGGUGACCUUAAGGCUGCCAUUCAGUUAUUCACAGAGGCCAUCAAACUGAAUCCGCGUUUGGCCAUUUUAUAUGCUAAGAGAGCCAGUAUCUUUAUAAAAUUGCAAAAGCCCAAUGCUGCUAUUAGAGAUUGUGACAGAGCGAUCGAAAUAAACCCGGACUCUGCCCAGCCCUACAAGUGGCGAGGGAAAGCCCACAGACUCCUUGGCCACUGGGAGGAGUCAGCCCGUGAUCUUGCCAUGGCUUGCAAACUGGACUACGAUGAGGAUGCCAGUGCCAUGCUGAAGGAAGUCCAGCCAAGGGCCCAGAAGAUUGCCGAACAUCGGCGAAAAUACGAAAGAAAACGUGAGGAGCGAGAGAUCAAAGAAAGGCUAGAAAGGGUGAAGAAGGCUCGGGAGGAGCAUGAACGAGCCCAAAGGGAGGAAGAAGCCCGGCGAAGCUCCGGAGCCCAGUUUGGCUCUUUUCCAGGUUUUCCUGGAGGUAUGCCUGGGAACUUUGGAGGCAUGCCUGGCAUGGGAGGGGCCAUGCCUGGGAUGGCAGGGAUGCCCGGGCUCAAUGAGAUUCUUAGUGACCCUGAAGUGCUUGCUGCCAUGCAGGACCCAGAGGUGAUGGUGGCGUUCCAGGAUGUGGCACAGAACCCUGCGAACAUGUCCAAAUAUCAGAGCAACCCAAAGGUUAUGAAUCUCAUCAGCAAAUUGUCAGCCAAAUUUGGAGGUCAAGCAUAAAUGCCCUUUUAACAAAUAAAGCCCUUACUGACGGAAAAACAACCCAGAUCACUUAAUGGACCUCGCAAUAAUACAAACCAAAUGUACCUCUGACCUUCUGGUGAAGAAAGCUGGGGUGCUUGGAAGAUAAUCCCCCCCUCCUCUGCCCCCAGUGCAACAGGAGCAUUUUACAGUGAUUGGUUGGCCAUUAGUCUAUCAGAUGAUGAUGUCCUGCUCUGAAUCACAAACUUAAACAUAAAAGCAUUUUCCAAAACUUUAAAAUUACUUAAAAGAGAAAGCAAAGAUAGUGUAUAAAAUUAUUUUCUUUACUGAUCAUUUUGACUUUCCCUUGGACUUGAUUAGAUUUCAGGGUGAGGAAGAAGAGACUUAUAUUAAAGAUUUCUUAUCUAGUCAUGGUGGGAAAUUGGACUAAUCAGAGAGAGGUGAACAUUCCUCAUAACUAAAAUUUGAAGUGGGCUUGUGCCUAUUGGGGAUUUUUGAUUUUUUUUUUUUAAUUCUGAUGUGCUUUUUUAAAAAUGCUUCUUUUGAUGGCAAAACCAAAUGUGGGACCACCAAUGAUGUAGUAAGUACUUGGGCAGAGACUGGAGCUUCCUGCAGUGAGGGCUGGGGGAUUGUUCUCUCCCAUGGCAUUGUGGGGGGGGAGUUCACCAGUCAACCCCUGCGUUGCCAUGAGGGCAUGUGUUUUGGGAAUGCUUUCUGUGAGGGUGGCUCACCACCUUGUCAUCUAGGCUCCUCUGUUGUCCAUAUGUUACUGUAAACAUUUGUGUUUCUAUUUAGGGAAAGGAAGGAGGAAAGUCCUUUUCUUCUUGGAUGUGAAUUGAUGUCCUCACCUGGCCCCCUCAGGGCUCUAUGUUUUGAGUUUUCCGUCUAUUUUAUUAGGCUAAAAAUAGUCCUCAUACAAUCAAUAUUUAUGAAGGCCACCAUUCAAAGUAUACUUAAUUGUACAAACAUUGCCGAAUGCUUGGCUUAAUGUAAAAUGCAACACUUACUGUUUCUAUGUGUAGGCUAAUGCUCUUAACUUCUCAUUUGGCCAAGAAAUUUCAUUUUUAUUCAUUGGGACCCUGAGGACCCCAAGCAUUACUUAUUUUUCGUCCUGAAACACGGAGGGAAGAAGUUGCUGGUUUUCUUUCUUUUACUUGGGAGCUCUCCCUUGAAAAUUAUAUUUGCAUUAAUCUUUCCAUUUUGGGGAAGGAGGGCAUGAGGACUGGAUUAGCAGAUGCAUAAACAUGUAGGUGAACUUGGCUGUUUGAUCCAAUAUUAAAUAACGUGAUUCAUGAAUAGAUUAGAUUUGUGAUUCUUUCUGCAUUGUAGGGUUGUUUAUUUUAUGACAGAUCUCAUCACUGCUCUUUGGUAGGGAGAUGUUCCCUUCAGGAGGUGGUAGCUGUUGCUACAGCUGCCACCUAUGCUUUCCCUUCCUCAGUUUUAAGUAACAGUAAGCUGGGCACCAUCGAGAAAACAGCUCUGGCUCUCCCAUCUAAAGAUAUUCUGUGUGAUAUUCGUGCACUGCCUGUGUUGUCUUUUAAGGACAGGAGUAGUUGGGACAGUAGAAUGAACAUGGAACAUUCCUGAAAUAAGUCAUUGGUAAACUGAUGACACUCCCCGUCCCAUGUAACUGGGCAGGACGGAGGCAGCACAGUUGUGCAGUGAUGGAACACCCUUGCUCAGGCAGUGACGCCUGGGCUUUCCCUGUCCGUAUGCUCUCCCUUCUUACGGCCCCCAGCAUGACACCACGAAUCCUCCCAGAGUCCUUGGGAGUUUUUCACUUGGUUUACUAAACCUUACCUCCUACAUUUAAGCAAUGCAAAAAGCUUGUCACAGUUGAGUUUGGGUAAGCCAUCUUGAUUUUAGGAAAACGGCCUGUGUUCAGAGUGUGUUGAGUUUUAUUGGUUUGCAAAUACCAAGCUUAUUCUCCAGUUGUCUAGGAAUGCAACAUAAUAGCCAAGCUUGUCAUUUUUUUCUUGUACUAACAACCCUACAAGAAAGAAAAAUGUGAAAGGAGUUUGUUUUUUGUUUUUGCUUAAAAAUAGAAGUUAUUGGAUAUUUCUAGUCGCCUUCACAAAUAAAGUGUGGUUUUCAAACCAGAA